UCGUCUUACUGAGGAAAGCAGGAUCUAAGUGGUGGAGCUGAUAUUCCGCUACUAUAAGUUAAGCGCUUUCUGAGAAACUGAUGCAUGAGUUUUUAAGUCUUUAUGUUGGUGCUUGCGCUUAGCUUUCUUUUAACAUGUUUUGCUUAGCUUUAGUAUCUUACAGCACUUUUGAUUUCUUUCAGCCAAAAUUACUAAAAGGCAAAGGAGGAAAGCAAGAGAAAAAAGUCAUCCAUCCUUACAGCAGAAAAGCUGCGCAACUUGCAAGGGAAGCACAUAAACAGGAAAAGAAAGAAAAGUUGAAGACUGAAAAAGCGUUACGUCUGAGUAUUAUCGGAGAAAAAUUACAAUGGUUUCAAAGUCACCUGGACCCCAGUAAAACGGACUACACAAAGAAGGAAGCUGGUGAACUAAUUGAAAAUUAUCUGUGUCGAUUUAAUGCUGAAUUGGAGCAGAUUGAAUUACAAAACAGUAUUAAAGGUAGACAAGGAAGACAGCAUGGUUCUCGGGAAACUGUCAUCAGGCAGACUAUAGAACGUGAAAGACAACUCUACGAAGGCUAUGGAAUAGCUGUUGAAAGGGAAUCCUGGAAGUUGACAAGAUAUGUAUGCCUUUGGAACUCAGCAUGCUUUCAGCUGAAAUGCGUCAAACUCAUUUAUCUGAAAAUCCUACUUUUUUUUAUACUUGGCUUUUAUUGACCUUCAGUGUUAUCACAGAAUCGUAAUGUAAAUCUUAGGAGAAAUGACCUUUAAAAAUAAACAUGCUGCAUCUUUCAUCUAAUGUAUCUGCUAGUGUACUAUUCUGUACUGUUUGUUAGCUGCUGUUUUCUGUAACAAUCGCUGUCAUGUAAGUGAAUUGCUCUUUAAAUAAAGAGCAUCUACAGUUUCUAAUAUCCUUUUCCCUUUUUAACUUCAGCCUCUGAUAUCAUCUGUUGACUUGACUUCAGAUGUUUCUCUGUAUGAUGGUUCUAAUGGAUGUGAUUAUGCAUGCUGCUUAUAGUCUGUUCUAGGCCAGUAACUUUUCAGUCCAUAUGAAAUGUAGGUAGAUCUCCUGUGCAGAUUUUAGUGCUUUGGGGGAGAGAUGUGAGUACUGCUAUGAAAAAACAGUACUCUGGAAGGAAAUAAAACAUCAAAGCACAUUGUCAGAGAAUGUGCAGCAAGACAGAAGGACCUUCUGAUACCAGCAUUGGCUCUUCUCCCACUCUUUUCUCUGGAAUCCAUCCAGUCCAAGCCUGUGCACAGAGGUGGGAUCAGUUAGACCUACUGCUGGCAGAUUUUUUUCAUCUUCAAGGUUCUUAAGAGUAUCAUAAGUAAUCUGGUCUAAUGCUUCUCCUUCCUAACAGUUAGAAAGGUCCUUUUUCCAUCUUUAGAUGAGACAACACCUUAACAUUUUUAAAGUAAACUAAGUUCACAAGUAGCAGCAAAAACCAUGAAGCUCGUGCAUGCUAAGGAUAUACUGCUGAGUAAAACAAGGGUGUUACUAAUCUGAAAACAGAGCUAAUGCAACUUUGCAGCAUAAUGACAAAAAUCAGUUACCGUAUAGUAGUAUAUCAUUAGUUUGUUUCUGCUGGACUAUGGUUUCUAGUUCUGUUCCUAAUCUGGCAAUUCUGAUGUUUGUAUGGGAUAAGAUAUUGUAAAUUAUGUGAAAAAGAACAUCAACAAUUCUGCCACUGCCAAAGCAGGAAAAAGCAAUUCACUGCUAACUCUUGUUCUUUCUUCUUUUUUCAAACUCCACCAACACCCACUUUCUCUUGACAUAGCAGUGAGCCAUGGAUGAUAGGCUAGAUAAAAUAUUAAAAUGUUCUACUUGGAAAAAGUCCAACAUAAGGUGAUAAAAGUAAUUAACUUUCCAAGUCUUCUUCCCCCUCCUCCCCCAACCAAAACAGUUGGAAGAGCUUAGUUUGAAAGUCACAUCAUUUAAUCUUGGUUUGUCAGAGAAUGAUGCUUAAACGGUACCUUGGCUCAGCACUUUGAUAGAAGGAACAAAGGAAUCGGCACACUUCUGGGGCAACUGGCCUAAGUUAGCAUACUGCCAAACUCACUGUUAACAUUACCGAGUUCUGUACUAGGGCAGGAGAUAACUGAGUAGGCAUUGCUCCUUGUGAAAUGACUGAGAGAAGGGAUGAACUGGUCUUUCAUGGUGCAGCUGGGACACUUCAGCACUUGGCAGUGUGCUGCCAGGAAUGCAAGAGUCAAGGGACUAGGGAGAAAGGAAGAGGGUGUGUGGCUUUGUUUCAAAACUUAGUUGGGAAGGAUGGGCCUGUGGUCAACAUUGAUGUUUAUCAGAACCAAGAAAUCAUCAGACUCUUUGUUUACUUAAAAAAAAAAAAAAGUUGUUUGCCUUGCCUCACUCAGGUGUGAGCAGUAGCAGAAACAUCCACUGAAUCUAUUCGCUGUGAAGCAGGAUGCAAAAAUCAAAGUAAUUGGU